CACAUACUUUUUCCUGCCUCUUUCAGGGGUGGACUGGAGAGCAGUGACAACAGUGCAGGAUCCCUCGGGACAGAGGGGGAGACCUCGUCUGUCACAUUCUCUAGCUUUUUCUCUCAGCAAAAGAGAAGCAUUUCUCCCAGAGGCUGGGGCCACUCGCUACGAGCCAAGGGCCACACAAUGCAGGAAAAUGCCUGCAGCGGAGAGAGCCAGAUGGAAAGCGUGUCAGACUCGUCCGAGUCUCCUGAGGCGUGUCCGCUGACCUGCAUGGAGCCCUUCACCGUCCGCAGGCUCUCUUGUCGCAGCGUGCAGCUGCCCCCACUGGCCUUCCGACAGGCUGAACAGUACUACUGCGAGAAGAGGCAGGAGACGGAGACAGCACAACCCAGACCCACCAGCCUCCCUCUGAGAACUCCUCCUCUCAUCGCCAUCACCUCCGCAGAGAGCAGCAGUUUUGAUGUGGAUAAUGGCACGUCAUCGGGACGCAGUCCGCUGGACCCUAUGGCCAGUCCGGGCUCGGGCCUCAUCCUGCAGGCCAACUUCGUCCACAGCCAGCGGAGGGAGUCCUUUUUGUACCGGUCAGACAGUGACUAUGACCUCUCACCAAAGUCUAUGUCCAGGAACUCCUCCAUCGCCAGCGACAUACAUGGAGAUGACAUGAUUGUUACCCCUUUUGCACAGGUCCUGGCUAGCUUAAGAACUGUACGGAAUAAUUUUUCAGCACUGACAAAUGUACAACAAGAAAGAUCGUCCAACAAGAGAUCACCCAUGUGUAACCCUCCACCCAUCACAAAGACCUCCUACACAGAGGAAGCCUACCAGAAGCUGGCCACCGAGACGCUGGAGGAGCUGGACUGGUGUCUGGACCAGCUGGAGACCCUGCAGACCAGACACUCGGUCAGCGAGAUGGCCUCCAACAAGUUUAAGAGGAUGUUGAACAGAGAGCUGACCCACCUGUCUGAGAUGAGCCGCUCUGGAAACCAGGUGUCCGAGUUCAUCUCCAACACUUUCUUAGACAAACAGCAUGAGGUGGAGAUGCCGUCUCCUCAGACGCAAAAGGACAAGGAGAAGAAGAAGAGGCCAAUGUCCCAAAUUAGCGGUGUGAAGAAGCUGACACACAGCUCCAGCCUCUCCAACUCAAACAUCCCUCGCUUUGGAGUCAAGACUGACACAGAGGAAGCACUGGCCAAGGAGCUUGAAGAUGUGAACAAAUGGGGCCUUAAUGUUUUCAAAGUCACAGAGUUCUCUGGCAACAGACCUUUAACAGUUAUGAUGUACACGAUAUUCCAGGAGAGAGACUUACUAAAAACGUUCAAAAUUCCACUCGAUACCUUUAUAACGUAUCUGAUGACCUUAGAAGACCAUUACCAUAGUGAUGUUGCCUAUCACAACAACAUCCAUGCUGCCGAUGUCACUCAGUCCACUCACGUGCUGCUAUCCAGUCCGGCUCUUGAGGCUGUUUUUACAGAUCUGGAGAUUCUUGCUGCCAUUUUUGCCAGUGCGAUUCAUGAUGUCGAUCAUCCUGGUGUCUCCAACCAGUUCCUCAUUAACACUAACUCUGAGCUGGCUCUUAUGUAUAAUGACUCGUCUGUGUUGGAGAACCAUCACCUGGCAGUAGGUUUUAAGCUGCUGCAGGAGGAAAACUGUGACAUCUUCCAGAAUCUCACCAAGAAACAGAGACAGUCGCUGCGCAAGAUGGUCAUUGACAUUGUUCUGGCUACAGAUAUGUCAAAACACAUGAAUUUGCUAGCAGAUCUAAAAACGAUGGUGGAGACCAAAAAAGUGACCAGCUCUGGAGUUCUACUGCUGGACAAUUACUCAGACAGGAUACAGGUGCUGCAGAACAUGGUGCACUGUGCUGACCUCAGUAACCCUACAAAGCCCCUGCAGCUGUACCGUCAGUGGACAGACCGCAUUAUGGAGGAGUUCUUCAGCCAGGGUGACCGGGAGAGGGAGCGGGGUAUGGAGAUCAGCCCCAUGUGCGACAAACACAAUGCUUCAGUAGAGAAGUCCCAGGUGGGCUUUAUCGACUACAUCGUCCACCCCUUGUGGGAAACGUGGGCUGACCUGGUCCACCCGGAUGCCCAGGACAUCCUGGACACACUGGAGGACAACAGGGAGUGGUACCAGAGCACCAUCCCCCAAAGCCCAUCGCCCGCCCUGGACACCAGCGCUGAGGGCCGCCGCACCGCCGGUCAGGACAAGUUCCAGUUCGAGCUGACGCUGGAGGAGGACGGAGAGUCGGACACGGAGAAGGACAGCGGCAGCCCUCCGGACGAGGAGGAUGAGGAUGAGGAAGAGGAGGAGGAGGACGAGGAGGAGAACAGCUGCAGUGACUCUAAAACCCUUUGCACACAGGACUCGGAGUGUACCGAGAUCCCUCUGGACGAACAGGUGGCAGAGGGAGAGGAGGUGGGAGAGGAACAGAGGGAGGAGGAGGAAGAGGGUGAAAUAUCAGAACCCUGCGUUUUAGAGGAGGAAGAGGAGGAGGAGGAGGAGGAAGAGCAGGACACUGCCAAUACGUAACACAGUAUGAGAUAGCACCUGGACUUCUUUUAUACUAGAGAUGAGAGCCACUUAUUUAUGGUUAAGCUGUAGGGUUUCUUUUGUUUUUAACAUUAUUUUUUUUUUUUGUGGUCUAUGUUAUGUACUGUACAUCCUUGUCCAAAAGUGUACAUUCAUUUUGCUCAUCAUCGUCAUCUUUUCUUGCUGUUUUUACUUUUCAUUUUCUGAACUUUUAGUCAUCACUAGUGCCGUUUGAACCAUUUUUGCACUCAGGAAAGUCUUUUCCACUCACUCAUUCACUCACAAAAGAGACAGACAAAAGGACUUGCACUCAUCUUUCAUUACAUUUUUAAGUACUGUCGAUUGUCAGUGUUUCAGUUUUGUUGACUGAAACAGUUUUUGAGUAUUUGAAAGAGCGAUUAAUGUAGAUUGCAGGAUAGUUUGCAAAAAAAAAGCAACCUUACCAUCAAACCAUCUGUUUUCUCACCACAUUUGAUUUGAUGGACGCUUGAUUGCAUGGAGACACAUGCGGCUGGUAGACGUUUACUACUCACUCAGAAGGUUAUUUCUUCCUUUAAGUCUUUCAAAUGCUUUAUGUGUUCUGUGAUUUUGAGUGUUUGAAUCAUGCAGCGCAUAGCGUAGAUUGACUCAUUACCAAAGUGAAUAGAAAUGACUCAUGGCACAAGCAAAUCAAGCUGAAACAAAAUUGCAGUCGGUAACUGCCAAAGAUUUUUUUGAGUCAGUGGCACAUGGUGUAAGAAGAAACUCUUUUUUUUUCAUUACUCAAUGGAAAGCGUUCUCUGUUUGGUUAUUUUUCAGUUUUUUAUUUUUUAACUGACCCUACCCUUUUUAAAAUGUCUCAUUUUUAUAAAAAACGUUUUUCAGCAUUGCUUAAACCAGCCUUAAAGAUUUUGUUGCCUGGCAAAAAUGUGAACUCAGUUUUUGCAGUGGAUUAAAACAGAGUCUUGCUACACCUCCAGACCUCCAGUGAUGUAAAACUAUGAAGUGCUCACAAAUAGAAUGAUAGCGCUUUGCAAGCUCAUGUUGUUGGAUCUUUUGGCAGGCUUAAAUGUCCUCUUUUGGCUCUUUUUUAUGUUUUAGAAAUCACUGGUGCCAAGACACACUAUCCAUAUGUAGACUCGUAUAACCAGCUUCUGUCUGAUUUUUCCUUCGCUUUAUCUUUUUUUAAACCUGUCAAUCAGUAUUCUCAAAGAAACCGUGGGGGCAGUUGAGCUAACAACACAAAUCAGAAGCAUAUGUAAUUUAAACACUACAACAAAACAAAGACGUCUCAGCUCAAAUCAGUAGGACGGUUUGUUGAUAGCUGGUUGUACGAGGCUAAGACUAAAGGCUAGUAAGUCAGAAAGCGUAUAUGUUUGUGUUAUAGAGUCUCCAUGUCUCUGUUUCUGUUCUUCACCCCUGAAUCUGUUUUAAAAUGCUCAUAGGACAAUCAGCUUUACUGUAAAGCCUCAUUAAGGGUCUGCUAGAUCUACUGUAAUCCUUAUUUUGCUGCGCACAUUCUUUAUGUGACCCGUCAUCUUCACUUUGCCAAACUUUUGCACUCAUUUGGAUUUGAGCAGUGUUGUACACAUCUCUGCCAAACGACCUGCUGCACCAGUAUACCUGUUAAAGCUUAUUUAUUAUUUCGGUAACAUUUCAAUGUAGGGGACAUCAUAAUGUCCUUGUAAUGUGCUUUACAAGCCAGUAGUUGGCUAUUAAUUAGCUGUUUAUUAAUACUUUAUUACGCAGUAACUAGUACAAAUUAAACCUUUUGCAGAGCACUUUAAUUUGCGUAUUAUACAAAAUAAGCUUUUGCACAAUAUUUUAGAUGUCCAUUAUUAUGCCCUUAUUAAGCUUUAUCAAACCAAAAGCUGGUAAUAUGUUCAGCCAAUAACUACUAAUUAACUGGCUGCCUAUUACUAUGUUAUUUAGGAUUAACUUUGGUGAAUUAAGCACGUCCUUUUUGCUUCUUAUUAGGUCUUACUGGGACUGAAGACCAACGAAAACUAAAGAUUUGAAAUUUCUUUAUUGUUCAGUUCACAUGUAUUAUAGAUGAUAGAUAUCAUAAUUAUAAAUAAUCAAAUAAAUAAUUUGUCUAUCAACCCGUCUUUUGGAAGCAAUGGCUAAUUACCAGUAAUGGUUAAUUACCAACUACUGGCCUGAUGAGGCUUAUUCAGAGCUCUGGAAAUGCUUAAUUCACCCAUUACUGCUUAACAGUGUAGUAAUUAUCAACCACUGGUUUAUUAAGGUUUAAUAAGUGCAAUAUAAGGGCUUUAUAAUGUCCCCUUAUUCCAAAGUGUUACCAUUAUGUGUUGUAUUUGGGUCUUGUUGAUGUGCUUGUAGCAGAUUGAAGUAUUUUAGUCAAACCGUAGCUUCAGAAUUGCAGGCUUAUGAGUGAGUGAGCAUACCUAAGAAUAAUUUGAUUAUGUAUGCAGUUAUUAUAUGUAAUCAAAUGACAGAUGGAAUCCCUGCCUUUUUAAACGUUCCUUGCUUUUUGUUGUUUGUUUUUUUCUCAUUGCCAAGUUUCUUUCUUCCCGCUUCACUCAUUCUCACCCAGUCACCUUACUUUUAGUGGUUCAUCAUUUCUCUCUGUUUACAAACAUGUAUUUAUUGUGCUGUACAGUACAUAUUGUUGUUCUUACCAUGUUGUAAAUUAUUAUAUCAUCCCUAAUGGUGAUGGUGUUGCUGUAUUAUGGAACUCUUAUUGAGAGAAUGUUUAUUACUCUUAUUCAGUAUCUAAACGAAACCCAUUUAUAAAACAUCUCCUAAGAGAUUGUUUUGUGUGGAAAAAGGUGGAGAAAUCCAAAAUUGUUGUCAUUUAUUUUUUUUUAUUUUCUUUCUUUAAAGAGAACAGCAGUCCCUUGGCCCGAGGGUUGUGCCUUAAAGAACCUUUUCAUUUUGAUUUUUUAUCUUCUUGCUGCACUAGAAAAAACUACUGGCUGGAAAUUGAUGUUUUUUUUAUUUCUGUUUUUUUUUUCCUUCAUUUAAAUGUGAGGGAUAAAUAUUCCAACUAAGAACAGACCAUAUGUGUAGAUGCAAGUUGUGGACCUCAUGUUAGUGGUUGAAACAGGCCAGUAUGAGGGGCAUUGAGGGGGUUGGUAUCUGAAGAUGUCUUGUGCUACAGACUUCAGACUGUAAUGCUCCAAAUAGGUGCGUAUUUCUUUUUUAACCUGGCAUGUUUAUGCAACGUGAUUUUGAGCUGCUCGUAAGAUACAAUGAGCGUGGGCCAAAGCAGAACUGAAAAGAUCUAGCUCUGUGUGAACUGUUUUAUGUUUAGACUGUAAGGAAAGAGCAUGUUUGACUGCCUGUCUAAAUGCAGCAGAUGAGUCUCCAUCUUGUCUCAGCCUGUAUUGCAUUAGUUGGACUGAAAAGAAUCAUGCUAGAACAUCACAAUCUACACUGUCUUUACUAGCAUCUGUGCAACAUGCAAUAUGGAGAAAAAAAGAAAACACAUUUCCAUUGGGGACAGUAGGCUUUUUUAUUUUGAGUAAAGGGAUGGAAUGUCUUUAUGAACUCCAAUCCUACAGUGGAGACGAAUUUCGACACAUAUACUGUAGAUUCCUAAUUGCCCUAAAUGGAUAGAAUCGGUGGCUCUUUUCCUUUUCAUGUCAUCUUUUUACAUCAUCAGAAGAAUUAUUUAGGGAUAACUAUUUUUUUGUUAUGUGACUUGAAUGCCAACUUGUCUGGUGGUUUCACGAGACAAUGUAGUUGUUUAAUGGAUUCUUUAUUUAUGGCAGUCUAUUGGAUAGAACUGUAGAAAAUAAACCUUCUGUAAGAAAAGAAAAAAAGAUAAAAAUCAAAUAAAAAAUGUUUUAUAUGCACCAGAAUAAACAAAAGCAUGGGUUGA